GGUGGGAAAAUGGUGAGUAGUUUCCAUGGAAAAGUGCGCAGGGUCAGUCGUUUGAUUGCAGUGCAAGAAGAAAAGUAUCAAAAAGUGUGAUUUUUCGUGCUGAAAGCUAGUUGAAAAAGACAUAAGGUGCUUCAAGGGUGUCCUAUGAGCUAAAUAAGUGCUGUGCCAAUUGGAAAAAAUCUGUGGAAAUUGUGCUAAAAAGGUGAUUCUUUUCCGUGUUCAUUCAUCACACAAUGACGGCCAUUGUGUUCCACUGAGUGUGUAUGAGGCGACGGAAAAAAGUACUUCUCGCGAGACGUCUUGGGAAAAAUCAUCUCAUGCUGCACACUGGACACUCUGCCACACACAUUGGCGGGAGGAAAAAGAGAAAGUGCAGCGAUCUUGGCGGAAAUUGAGGUGGAAAAGGAGGUGACCACUCUGGGGGCGCGCGCACAAAUUUGCCACUUCUCUGGGAAGAAAAUCAAUUUUUUUUUGUUGUUCUGCCAGCAAUUCCUUCACGGAAUUGCGCCAGUCUCUCGGGGUAUCUACAUACACGACAUACUCCCAGAAAGGAGGGCAGUGAGAUCAGUUUAGAUGUGAAGGAGAAAUAAAUUUGUGGAUCUGCUGGGGUCAUUGGAGUGCAGUGAGAAAAAUACAAAUAAAUUUUCAGUGUGAGUGAAAUCACCAAAGAAUAACAGUGUAUAAAAAAAACAAGGACAGAAGAGUGAGAAAGUGUUUGGUGUGAGAAAGGGGAUUUUCUCAAAACAAAAAUUAAAAAAAAAACACCGAAAAAGUGAUUUUUUCUUAGUGUAAAUUGAUAGAAAGAAAUAACUAAAAAUUAACCGUGAACGCAGGGAAUGGUGUAUUUGGUGGAUAGUUGGGGCAUGGGAGAUUCUGAUUGUGCACCAUAUCACAAGCAUGGUCCAAAAAUACAGCAACAUCACACCGGCUUCCAACAGCAUCAGCAGUUGCAUGAGAAGCAACAUUUGGUGUCUGGUGUGAAGAAUGAUCGUGUAAAGGCGUCAAGAUCACAAUUAGCGGUCAAUGAUGUUGUUGCCAAUGAAAAGGACGAAAUUGCCAUUCAUCCACUCACGAAUCAGGUCGGAGGACACACGCGACUUUUGUUGCUGAAUCAGAGUACAGUGAUCAAGCCACUGAAUAUUCGUGAAUUGGAUUUCUAUCAGAACAUUCCUCAAGAUGUUCAAAUGUUUGUUCCCAAAUACAAAGGUGUUCUCCAAGCCACGACAACGGGCGGCAUGAAAUUCGACAAGAGAUACUCCCCGAGUUUUCGGGAUGAGUCCACGAGAAAGAAUGGUGGAGGAGCACCAAAAAGGAAACGCGAGGAUGUUCUACGGAUGAAAAUACAUAAAAAUGGGAAUGCUGCUGAUGUAAUAAAAAGUAUUUCACAUAUAGACAACUCCAACAAGCAAUAUUAUCUCAUGCUGGAGAAUAUCACAUCGCAAUUCCGGCAGCCAUGCAUCCUGGAUCUCAAGAUGGGCACAAGGCAGCACGGUGACGAUGCAUCGGCGGAAAAGAGGACAAAGCAGAUUGCAAAGUGUGCUGCCAGUACAUCAGCAUCCCUGGGAGUACGACUCUGCGGGAUGCAAGUCUAUCAGGCGCGCUUUGAUCAGUACAUCAAGAAGGACAAGUAUUUUGGGCGGGAGCUCAAUGAGGAGGGCUUCAAGCAGGCUCUCAGCAAUUUCUUCCACAAUGGAUGCGUACUACGCAUUUCGGUGAUCAUGAAGGUGAUCCAGAGGCUGACGCAGCUCCGUCGAGUGAUUGAGAAGCAAUCCAGCUAUAGAUUCUACUCAUGCUCCUUGCUAGUUGUGUAUGAGGGCAGCGAUGACAUACCCUCAAUUGAUCCAAUGGAUGCAUGUUACUCCUUGGAGAACUGCUGUAUAGAUCCGGAAGAGUCUACUUCCACAGCUUCAUGCUGCUACGAUGCGGAUGCUUCCACGGAUUCGGUGGAUAUCAAUUUGUCGUCAUCGCACGAGGAUGAUCACAGUGGGGACAAUGUGCCGCAGACGAAGGUAUCGGCGGAUCUGCAUCAUCGCGGGUUCGGUGAGGCGGCAGCCAGGGGUUCCUUCAUCCCAUUUUCGGAGGAUGCUCAAGAUUCGAGUGGCGAUCAGAUGAUCGAUAGCUCCAGUCCGACAUCCAAUGAUUCCUGGAUGAACUACAGCAGUCACAGCAGUGAUGACUAUUCCUUCCUGAUCGAUGAUCCGGAUGAGGUGAGUGGAACGGAUCUGGCACCGACGGCAACGGGCAAAAAGCGUGGAUCACCGAUGAAGAAUAAGCGCAAUAGGGAGGAGUUGCAGUUCCAUCAGGAAUUGGAUGUGGAUGAUGAGGUGGCGCGUGCGGCUGAUGCGAGAAUCCUCGAGACACCCAAGAGACGCAGGAGUCCGGAACGGUGCCAAUCUCCGCAGGUUGACGUGAGGAUUAUUGACUUUGCGCACACGACUUUUGUGAGGAAGAACAGUUCUGGUGCUGUGGUCAAUGGACCAUCGUCAUCCAUGGCUGUUCAUCAUGGACCAGACUGUGGCUUCCUCACGGGUCUCGAUAGCCUCAAGAGGCUCCUCAUGGAGAUUGUUAAGGAGGAACACUGACCCAGAGUUUCACGUUCGAAUCCUUUUCGUGUGGCUUCCUUCUGAACACACAAAAAAAUUCCCCUAAAAAAGGGAAAAGAAAAACCUUCUGGAAACUCUGUGGAAAGUUAAGAAUCUUCGGAAGAACUUUAUUUUCCAUUUGGUGUCCGGGAAAGAAGCAAACAAAAAAGUUGAUAUAUAAAGAUUUUUCCAGGACAUUUGAAAGUUGUUUAGGAAGUCUAGCCAGACAGGAAGCAGAAAAGAAAUCCCAGUGAUUGAUGAUGCAUUUCUAGAGCAUAGAGAGAGUGCGAGAGAAAAGAGAGAAAAUGUGUUAUUUUUCUAGUUGUGAAAGAGAAAUUUCCAUUUCUUUAAUUUUUAAACUUUGCGCCCGACAUUCAAAAACAAACAAAAAAAACACCUUCCCCUUUAAAGAAACCGAUGGUGCAAUGUUUCUUUGGUGUCUACUUAAGGAUAAAGAAUUAACAUCAUUAAUUCCUCGCUAAAAAAACCCAAGGAUAAUGUUGUCAAACAACAAUAAUAAAUUGAGGGUUUUUUUUUUUAAAAAGAGAAAUGACAAAGUAAAAUGACUUGAGAAAUUUAUUCAAUUUCUCAGAUCAUAUUUUUUUCUCAAAAUAAUUUAUUGAAUGCAAGAACAUAAAUAAAAACCAUUGAAAAAAAAAUAGAACAAAAAAUAAUGUGAGAGAUUCAUAGAAUAUUUUUCAACAAAAAAAAAUAAAGAAGAGUGUUAGUUUCUAAGGUGACAUUUUAGAGUAGAAAAGAGAAAAAUUGUAAAGCUGAAACAUUCCACAGAAAUUUGUUCAGCGCGUUGAAUCUGGAAAGUAAAGAAAAAAAAACAAAUGUAUAAAAACACGUUAAAAGUUCUUUUUUUUCGGUAGAAAAUGCCUAGUAAAGGAUAAAAAAAAGUUCAAAAA